AUGUUUUUGGGUAAAAAUAAAGUUUCUACAAGUCGUCGACAAAGUAAUGCAAUAGAAAAUGGAUAUAUUAAUUCCAAACCUCCACAUUUAUUAAAUCUUGAUGAAACAAAACGAACAAAUCCACCGAUAACAGACAGUAUUCAAAGUCAACAUCAUUAUGGUAAAACAUUAAAUGUACCAGAUCUUAAUAAUGUUCUUCAUGUUUUACCAAUGGUUACACCACCAGCACCAUUAAAUCCACCUCGACCAGCAAUAAUGACAACACCAAAAUCAUCAAUAAUAUCUGUUAAAAAUCCUUCAACAUCAAUUGCUUUAUCACCAACUGAAACUCGACCAUUAUUACUUGUUACAACAGAUAAUUGUCAACAACAACCACAAACAAUGAUUGUACCUAAUGGACGUCGUUUACCUUUAAAUGGUCAAAUGACAUCACGUAUAACAUCAUCUAAACAAGCAUCAGCACCAUUGAAUAUUGAUCAUCAAACUAUUCGUGAAACAACAACAGAAAAAAUACCAACAAAAAAAUUUAUUAAUAAUCGACCACGAACAGCAUUAUUUUUUUCAUCAACAAGAGUUCCUGAUCAAUCACCUGAACAACAUCAACCAUUAUUAGGUAGUAGUGGAAAUGAUACAAGUAGUCGUCACGAUUCACUUGAUUCACAUACAUCAACUGAUGAUGGUUUUGGAUUAAAUGAAAAUUGGCCAAUGAGAACAAGAGCAAUACUAUCAUCAAAUCGAACAGUUCCUACUAAAACAUCUUCACCAUUAAUAAAUACAGCUCAACCUCGACCACAAGGAAAUACUAAUUCUCGACAAUUACCAUCUUUACCGAUGCCUAUACGACAAUUACCAUUAGUACCAAAUCCUUCGCGACAAUUACCAAUAAUUGAUAAUGCAAAUUCAACGAAAUUAUAUUUCGAUAUUAAUGAUUCAGAAAAUGAAGAUGAAUCUUUAUCAACAAGAUUUGCACAUCCUGGAGAAUUAUUUUAUUAUCAAACAUCAUCAGCAUCAUCGUCGUCGUCAUCAUCAUCAUCAUCAUCAGAUUCAAAUAGUUCGUCAUCUGAAAAUUCUGAUAAUGAAAAUAAUCAAGAACAAUUUCAGAUUCAUAAUCAAGAACAAGAACAAGAAGCAGAAGAUGAGGAUGAAAAUGAUGAUGCAAUUUUGCCAUGUGAAUACGAAGCUUAA